CCCGAGCUCUCCCAGAGAAUGUUCCGCCUGGUCAAGGCCACGAGGGACGUCGGCAACGCGUACGAGACGGCGGGCCAGCGGCGGGUGACGGUUGCAUUGCAGCUCGCCGACUGGGGCGAGCAGACGGCCGACACGGCCAUCAGCGACCUGGCCGACAAGGUGGGCGUUAUUCUUACGGAGAUUGGGGAGCUGGACAAGAAGUAUGCAAUCGCGGCGGACAUUGCGCGCACUCACCUCAAGCUGAUCCGCGACACGGAGAGGAGCGUCCACCCGAGCCGCGAGGGGAUGCAGCGAGUCACAGACGAGCUCCAGAAGAUCAUGGCCAAGGACCCCCAGAGCGACCGGGUCGUCAUGCUUGAGCAGGAGUUUCAGAGGGCAAGGGCUAAGAAUCUGGUCGCCGAGGCGCAGCUGACCAACGUUACUCGCCAGAACUUCAAGGAAGCAUACCGGAAGGAGUUUGACGCAGUCAUUGAGCGCGCCGAGAAGCAAAUCAUCAUGGCCCGGCACGGUCACCGUCUUCUCAGGCUUCUCGACUAUGAGGCGGUCCCGCCAGGAAGCGUUCCCGAGCCCUACACGGGCGAUACCCAGGCUCGCCAGAUCCUGAACGAUGCUAAGGACGAUCUCAAGGACUGGACACCCGAGUCCAGGUCUGUA